AUGCUGGUGAUCCAUCUCACCAAAAUCUCGACUCCACCCGCUCCCGCUGUUCAGGAUAUGGGGCGAGCACGGGCAGCGGGCGCUGGAGCAGGCGCGCGUGUGCCUGCUGACAGCAGGACCCACAGGCACGGAGGCGCUGAAGAACCUGGUGCUGGGAGGGAUAGGAGGGAGUGUGCGUUCAUCCACCUAAGCCAUGCCUUGUCUUGUUUUGCCAUUUACAGGAUAUGGGGCGAGCACGGGCAGAAGGCGUUGGAGCAGGCGCGCGUGUGUCUGCUGACAGCAGGGCCGACGGGCACGGAAGCUUUAAAGAACCUGGUGCUGGGAGGGAUAGGCUCCUUCACCGUCGUGGAUGGCGCCACUGUGGAGGCCCACGAUCUGGGGAACAACUACUUCCGUGAGUCCUGGCGGUUCGCAUGGGUGGUGAGUGGUGGAGAUGAUACUGUGAGCGCGCACUCAAUGAAGUGGAUGGCGCCACUGUGGAGGCGCAUGACCUGGGAACAACAACUUCCUGGAUCGCACCCACCUGGGCACGUCACGAGCGCAGGCGGUGACAGCGCUGCUGCAGGAGCCGAGAGAAUCGACUCCUCCUCUUCUCCCCUUUCCUACUCUCUGCAUGGCAUGUACUAUUCAGUGGACCGCACCCACCUGGGCAAAUCGCGAGCGCAGGCGGUGACAGCGCUGCUGCAGGAGCCGAGAGAAUCGACUCCUCCUCUUCUCCCCUUUCCUACUCUCUGCAUGGCAUGUACUAUUCAGUGGACCGCACCCACCUGGGCAAAUCGCGAGCGCAGGCGUGGACCGCACCCACCUGGGCAAAUCGCGAGCGCAGGCGGUGACAGCGCUGCUGCAGGAGCCGAGAGAAUCGACUCCUCCUCUUCCCCCCUUUCCUACUCUCUGCAUGGCAUGUACUAUUCAGUGGACCGCACCCACCUGGGCAAAUCGCGAGCGCAGGCGGUGACAGCGCUGCUGCAGGAGCUGAACGAGAGUGUGGCGGCGAGGUUCGUGGAGGAGAGCCCUGCCACGCUCAUUCAAGAUAACGCCGCGUUCUUCAGCGAGUUCACCCUCGUCAUCGCCACCCAGCUGCCGGAGUCAGUGCUACUGCAGCUGGACUCGGUGUGUCGGCAGCACGGCUGUCAGCUCAUAGUGGCACGCUCCUAUGGGCUCAUGGGUCUCAUCCGCAUCUCCUCUCCGGAGCACUGUGUGGUGGAGGCGAAGCCAGACAACACAGUGGACGAUCUGAGGCUGCACAAGCCGUGGAAGGAGCUCAAAGAGUUUGCAGAGGGGUUUGAUCUGGGUAUGGAGGAUGCGAUGCUGCACAGCCACAUCCCAUACGCCGUCAUCCUGCUGCAGGCAGCGCAGCAGUGGCAGCAGGGGGGAGGGAGAGGGGAGGCCGGGGAAGCAGGGGCAGGAGGAUCAGGAGGAGGGGAAGAGGCGGCGCCGGUGGCGAUGCAAGCGGAUGGGGAGGGGCAGGGAGGGGCGGACGAGCCGCGAGCACUGCCUCGUAGCGCCAAGGAGCGAUCAGAGUUCAAGGUAGGGAGGGGGGAGGAGGUAGGGGAAGAGGGGCGUGUAGGAGUGCCUCAUGCAUUAAUCGCAGCGCACCAGAGGCACAUGGACGAGGAUAACUUCAAGGAGGCGCUCGCUGCCGCGUACAAAGUGUGGUCGCCUCCGCCCAUAGGCUCGGAGCUGCAGGCCAUAUUCACCGAUGCAGCCAUGCAGCUCUCACACGCCUCCUCUGACUUCUGGGUGCUUGCUGCUGCGCUCAAGCUGUUUGUGGAGAAGGAGGGGGAAGGGGACCUCCCUGUUGAUGGCGCCAUACCCGACAUGCACUCCCUCACAGAUUUCUAUGUGGCACUUCAGAGAAUCUACCUCAGCAUGGCGGAUGCUGACGUGGCAGCGGUGCAGCGCCACGUCAGCGAGCUGCUGAAGAGCAUAGGCAGGGACCCCGCCUCCAUUCCCCUCGCUACAGUCAAGCUCUUCUGCAAGAACGCGCGGAACCUGAGGGUGGUUCGCUUCAAGCCUUUGAGUGAGGAGUUUGGAGCAGGGGCGCCAGCUUGCAUUCCAACUCUGCAGCGGCUCAUGUCAUCCCCUGAUGGCAGCCAUGCAGCCCUGUAUGUGCUCCUGAGAGGCGCCGACCACUUCUAUUCCCAGUUCCACCGCUACCCCGGCUCUUUCCCCGGUGACGUGGACGAUGAUGACGUGGCACGGCUCAAGAGCCUGGCAGGCACUAUUGUCAGUGGAGGCGGCAGCCCCAGCCAGUCACCGUCGAUUCCGGACGAUCUGACGGCUGAGAUGUGCCGGUUUGGUGCCAGUGAGCUGCACUGUGUUGCUGCUGUGAUUGGAGGGGUGGCAAGCCAAGAGGCAAUCAAGCUUAUUACCAAGCAGUUCGUUCCCGUCUCUGGCACAUUGAUUUACAACGGGAUUUCUCAAUCGUCUUCAGUUAUCAACUUCAAUUAG